AUGAAGGGGAACGAUGGAUGGCGAGAGGUAGCUUUUGAGGCGGCUGUAGGGCGUCUCUGCCAGCUAAGGCGUCAACUAGGGGCCAGACUGGGCUCAAGCUACAAGGCAUCCCAGGAGGGCGCGCGUAGUUCCACACGGAAGCCAACCGGCACCGAGGUGGCUGAGUUGUAUGGGUCCGAGGAGGCUCACGAGGGUGGUGCACUCUUUGCCUUUGUGGGGUCCGACGAUGGGAACGAGUCUGCCUUGCCGGAGGCUUUGGACGCGUGCCACGCUUUCUUCAAGUUUGCUGACCAGGAGAGCUCUGUCGUCCUCACACACGGAUACGACUUGCUGGGGAAGGGGGCAUACUCCGAUGUGUACCGAGGCACGCUGUGUGUGCCUGCAGUGAAUGGUGUAGCGAGGUACGAUGUGGCCGUGAAGCUGAGUCGUUUGCACAUUGACAGUGUCGCUGAGGUUGACCGCUGGAUGCGUCUGGUUCAGUUGUGGCAGUCUCUGGCGCACCCAUGCUUGGCUUAUUGCUACUACGUGGGAUUCCCGCCACUGGAGGGCGAUGAGGAGGACACCAGCGUCUACAGUGCUCAUGAAAUCGCCUUGGGUGGGACCUUGGACGCCUCUCUGAAGAGGGAAGAGCGAUUUAGCGAGGAUGUAGUUCGAGCCAUUCUCCUUGACCUUCUCCAAGGCUUGUGCUACCUUCACGGUGAGGUGGGGGUGGUGCACAAUGACAUCAAGCCGCACAACAUACUACUUGUGGAUGAAGCAAGCCGGCAAGUGCGAUACAAGUUGGCGGACUUUGACCUGAGCUACCCCAUCACAUCCUCUAGCUCGGAAAUGGGGUUAACUACGGGGCCAGCAGUGGACGGAAGUGGGCGUGAGGCUGACGAGCUCACCUACGGCACACCGCCAUAUAUGUCCCCUGAGAGCUGUCGCGGGCUUCCGUUUCUGCCUAGUAACGAUAUUUGGUCAGUAGGCAUUCUGGUCUAUCAGCUUUCAACGGGACGAUUGCCGUGGAAUCCAUUGGAGUUGUGUGUGCCGUCGAUGAUUUUGCACGGCUACCGACGGGGCUCUUCAAACCGCUUUAGGCCAAUGCUGGAGGAGUUCGAGAAGGACGUUUGCCGUGUCUACUCAGAGCAGCUAAAGGACCUGGUGAGGAUUUGCCUCGCGGAAGAGGUCAGUAAGCGGCCCACUGCCGCUGCGCUUCUGCGGCACCCUUUUUUGCGUCGCUCAGAGAGGGAAAUCUGA